AUGUCUAGUCGAUUUCUGCCAUGCGUCCACCGCUUGAGGUGGACGCAUGGCAGACCGAAGAAGCCAAUUUGGCCGCGAGAACCCAGUUUAGAUAGCAUUCGAUCACUUGCAUUCUCAGUCCUGCAUCAACACCUCCUCAAUGACUACGACGAGGAGCAACACCUCUAUGUGAAGUUUCAUGCCGAGAAACUGACCAAGAGACUCUUCAUUAUCGGCCACCCCAACCUGGAGAAGAAAUUUAUUUUCCAGGUCCAACUACCAGUCGAUCCAUUCUUUGUGACAGAAAACGAGAUCGCGACUGCAGAAAUGCCGUUAGACGCCAAGCUAGGCCUGGCUGAGAAUUUGGCACGCAUCUUUGCUCAAUUGUGGAAUCAGAAGUUUGACCGUAUUGGAUCUCUUUUCAUUGGCCAACGGUUGCUGGACGCUACCGAGCAGUUUGAGAUCUACUUUGAAGACCUGCCCUCGCCAUCCUUCAAAGUUGCUUCCAUCUUUUCAUCAUCAGAUGAAGAGUCUCUGUUCUAUCUCUGUCAUCAUGGGUUAAACGAGGAAAACAUUCUGUUGUACCCGACUUCCUACGAGAUAUUGGGCAUUCUGGACUGGGAUAUGACUUCGAUUCUUCCAGAUUGGCUUGUUCAAGAGUAUUCUCGAAGAUUUCAAAACAUCUUGCCCAAACUUGAAAAGGCAAACUUUACUUUGGACUCCAGUCAACCCUUCGAUAGCGAGUUCAGGAGGUGGUAUAUGUUUCCAAAACGGCUACUAGAUCCAGAUCCAGAGCAUGACCAGCAGCUUCAGGACAAGUUUGAUGAGAUAUUACGCAAAGAUGGAGUCAAAGUUCCUCUCAACAAACCUCAGGACGAAAAGAAAGAUUUCUACACGGGGGUGCUGAAUCUUGGAAAUAACUGGGAAAUAGCGAGAAAGUAUCUGUCUAAGUCCCGGCAUUUCAAGAUGGAAUGGCAACAAUUAGGAUGGUCAGGUGGACUUGAUGACUCUUCAUCUUCCAAACUUGAGUGA